ACUUCGGAGGAGCGACCGUAAACAGAAGAAAGCGGAAACAAAAGAGGUUUUUAUAAAAACACAUACAAAUCCCUGGCUGUCGAAGUACUCAGGGAAUAAACUCGCGCCACUGACCUCGCAGAAUAAUAUUCAGUUCCAGUAAAGAGCGAGCGGAAGGGAUCCAGCCGCCAGCUGCGUCAGUCAACAUGGCUCUGAAAAGAAUACAGAAGGAGCUGCAGGACCUGCAGAGAGACCCUCCAGCACAGUGCUCUGCUGGACCUGUAGGGGAUGAUUUGUUUCAUUGGCAGGCGACCAUAAUGGGUCCGGGCGACAGUCCUUACCAAGGAGGAGUGUUCUUUCUCACAAUCCACUUCCCCACCGACUACCCAUUCAAGCCACCGAAGGUAGCGUUUACAACAAAGAUUUAUCACCCAAAUAUAAACAGCAAUGGGAGUAUCUGUUUGGACAUUCUACGGUCACAGUGGUCUCCAGCACUAACAGUCUCUAAAGUUUUAUUGUCCAUAUGUUCGUUGCUUUGUGAUCCAAACCCAGACGACCCUUUAGUUCCAGACAUAGCACACAUCUACAAGAACGACAAAGACAAAUACAACAGACUAGCGAAAGAAUGUACCCAAAAGUACGCCAUGUAAAAAAAAAAAAAAAAAGAAAACCAUCAAAGGAAAAAAACAUGCUGAGAAUAUUUCUUUUUCCUCCCUUUUUUUAAAGUCACAACACACUGUAAAUUAUAGUAUAGAAUCAUUAAGUAACCCAUGGUAACCUCCAUCAACCUCAUUAACAUAAUUACUGAUCAGACCAUGAUGUGUACAUUAUUAGUUUUUGAAAGGAAGCAGAGGGUUUUACUUUACCUUUGGUCAUUUUAUGGAUAAUGAUGGAUUUUAAAGGUAAGCAUGUUUUUGCAUCAAGGACAUUUUAUUUAAAACAUAUGUUUAUUACAGAUUGCUUUACAGAAUUCUUCUUUUUUUUUUAAGUAAAACUAGUGAAUUAUAGAACAUGUAUGCCACUAUAUGCCAUUCAGCAGCAGAGGAGCUCAGUAAUAGCAUACACGUUUGUCAAAAAGCUGCUCCAUAGCUGGAAAAUCCCAGGUUCAGUCCCUGCUGCGUCCAGCAGCAGCCAACUAGAAACACACUGCACCAUGGGAAUGUGGACAGGUGAAUGCCAAAUAUGUAAGCCCCUUAUUCUGGCACGUCUGUAAAACAAAGGAAUACUGAAAAUGUCCCCUUUAACCUGACAACUUCACCUCAGCUUCAUGUAGUGGGCAAUGGAGGUUUUUGUUGAGUUCUUUUGCAUCUUGUAGCAGACGAAUGAAACUGAAAAUGGGAGCAAUUACAAGUCAGAUCAUGUAUUUCUGUGUUCUUCAUCUCUUUUUUGUUAUUAUUAUUAUUAUUAAAAUUAUUGUUAUUAUUAAUUGUAUAGUAUUAAAAAUUCCCUUGAACUAUGUUAUUGUUUUACUCCGUUUCAUUUGAGUCAUCACAAUGUAAAUCUGUCAAUAAAACAAUGUACUUUUUUCCCCUUGAGUGUAGCUGUGAUGUUGGCUUUUUGGUUGGAUUUACACAGGCACAUAGCUCUUGAACCCAGUGAAACAUGUAUCUAAGGGUUCAAUAUGUUCUGUUUAAAAAUCCAGUUCUCUGUCCCUGUGUCUCUCACUUGUGUCUCUGAGAUGUGUGGCACCUUUUGUACUGAAUUAAAGAAUGGUACGGUUUUUAUCAUGACUGUAUGCUCUAUGGAA